UUGGUCAUUGGUCUGUGUUGCAACUUGCAACGUCAACACAAAAAAUACUUUUGAACAUUUUUAUGUAGUGAAUUAAUGAAUAAAUUCUAAUCAAACAGAAAUGAUUUAAUAUUCGUCUUUAAGUAGCUACAAUUAAUUUCUAGUGGUGUUAGUUAGAUCAAGUUUGUAGUUCCUAUGAAGUCAAUAGAUGACAUCAAUCUACAGGAGCAACCGGCCACAAGUGAAGAAAUUGGCCAAGAAGAAUCUGUUACUGCAGAGACACAAUUACAGACAGAGAUAGCAGAGGACAUGGAUGGUGUAUCAAAGAAGUCUCAAACUUAUUCACCUAAUAAACGGGUCAAGUAUGGCUAUAUAAAAUAUGUAAGUCUUGCAAUAUUGACAAUUCAAAAUGCAGCUUUAGGUUUAAGUAUGCGAUAUGCCCGUACAAGAGAUGUUACAAUGUUUGCAUCAACUGCAGCUGUAUUAAUGGCAGAAGUACUAAAGUUAGCCAUAUGCCUUGUUCUUGUCAUGAAUGAAUCAGGAAGUAUUAAAAAUGGAGUGCGAACAAUGUACACCACAAUCAUAUUAAAUAUUAAGGAUACUCUUCGUGUUUGUGUGCCAUCAUUUUUGUAUGUUAUACAAAACAAUUUACUUUAUGUCUCAGCUUCUAACUUAGAUGCAGCCACAUAUCAGGUGACAUAUCAACUUAAAUUGCUUACUACUGCAUUUUUCGCUGUAUUAGUUUUAAAAAGAAGAUUAAAUAAAUUACAAUGGGGUGCAUUAGGAUUGUUGGUAAUAGGAGUUGCAUUAGUACAAUUGUCGUCUACAGAAAAGACCAAAAGUACAACUUCCGAAAACCUAGCCAAGCAAUCCAAACUGCUUGGUUUUGGAGCAGCUCUAGCGGCCUGUUUUAUAUCUGGAUUUGCAGGCAUUUACUUUGAAAAAGUUCUUAAAGAAUCUGACAUAUCAGUAUGGAUGAGAAAUGUGCAAUUAAGUUUAGCAUCUAUACCAUUUGGAAUUAUAACACAUGUUAUAAAUAAUGGUACCUUAACAGAUGUACUGAAAGGUUUUGAUGGCUUUGUGUGGUACUUGGUUGUUCUACAGGCAGCUGGUGGUCUCAUAGUUGCAGUUGUAGUAAAAUAUGCUGAUAAUAUCUUGAAAGGCUUUGCUACGUCUGUAGCCAUCAUAAUAUUGUGUAUAGCUUCAAUGUACAUAUUUGAUUUUCAAUUGACAAUACAAUUUGCUGCAGGCACUGUAUUUGUAAUAGGUUCAAUCUUCCUAUAUGGCUAUGUGCCCAAGAAACCAGAGACUCGAACAUCAUUAAGUGUAUGACUUUUUUUUACAAUUUUUAAGUUAUUGUAAAUAAAAUUUGCCAGUUAUGUACUUAUCAUUCUUAUAUUAUUUUAACUAAAAGUAUUUUUAAUACUCAAUAGUAAUUAUCUAAUUAUGUAUUAUUUUAUGAUCUUUGUACCUAUAGUGUAAAAUUCAGUUUACUUAUACACUUUUUUAAUAAGUAGAUACAUAUAAUUAUUAUUUUUACAAAUUAAGAUAUUACUUAAAUAUAUUCAAUGUAUUUUUACAAUCUGAGUUUUAUUGUUUCCUAAUUACUAGAUAUAUUUUUGAUUUCCUUUAAUCACAUUUUAAUGAGCUUGACAUUAUAAAUUAGGUAUACAUAUUAUAGACAUUAUAAGCCAGUAUUCAUGCAGAUUUGCUGCUCUUUUUUUAUAACUAAUACCUAUAAAUGCUUGAAAUGGUUUUGGUAAUGUACAUUACGUGUUUUAACCUGAUGGUAAAAUUACCAUGCUUACCUACCAUCAAGUCUGAACUCUGGUUAUUGAUAUAAAUAAUUUUCUUCUAGGUUAUGUGCUAUUGCAGAGAAGGUGCAAAAGUUAUA